CAUUUGGCGUCCUACCACAAGAGCAAAGAGCUACUCACCAACACGAUGGAUCACGUUUCGAGCAUGGAUAUGGGCGGCGGCAGCUGCAAGAUUUCGAUGCUGUGGAACUGGUACACGAUCGAUGCGUGCUUCCUCUCGUCGAGCUGGCACAUCGAGAACCGCGGCAUGUUUGCGGCCUCGUGCAUCGGCGUUGCUUUCCUCGUCGUCGUCCUCGAGCUGUCGCGCCGCCUGGCCCGCGAGUUUGACCUGCACAUCGCUCGGCAGUGGCGUGCGCGCGCCGCAAGCCAGGCCCUCAUCCUCUCGCGCUCAAUGCCAGGCAGUAGCGGCGACGAUGACGGCGAGUCCCUGACGGCGACGACGACGCUCACGUUCCGCUACUCGCCGCUCCAGCAGCUCGUCCGCGCGCUGCUGCACGCCACCACCUUCGGGCUCGCUUACAUCAUCAUGCUCCUCGCCAUGUACUUUAACGGCUUCAUCAUCAUCUCCAUCAUCAUCGGCGCCGGCCUGGGCAAGUUCCUGUGCGAUUGGGAGCCCACGAGGAUCGUCGUAGGGCCUGGACACGGCGACACCGCGACGGCGACGGCGACGGCAACAGGACCGCUAGGGCAGUCCAAGUCGCCGGGCAUCGACGAGCCCACCGUCUGUUGCGGCUGACCGUGUAUCUUUCCCCUCAUACCGAAAUAUAUGCCCUACAGAGCCACUUCACCAGUUCCAGUUCCGGCUACAUGCCCACCGCACAGACCAGACUGAAUCGGAAAAGACAGAGAGAGCCGUGUCAUUAGAACAUGUCAUUGCGUGUUGUAUAGAGUGGUACUGUUCGUCUCUCAGGCCAUGCGGCCUGCCUCGUCGCUGCCCG